AUGGGCCGUGAAUAUUUUAUGGAAUUAUAUUGGAGAUCAUUUUUUCAAGAAGUGGAAGAAGAUGAGUUUGGUGAUAUAAAUUAUUGUACAAUGCAUGAUAUCAUGCAUGAUCUUGCACUACAAGUAGGUGGAGUAAAGUGUGCUAUGUUAACAUCACAUGUAAAAGAUAUUGACAGAAGAGCUCGUCAUUUGUCAUUCAAUUUCUCCUUAAAAUCAUCCCAACAGAUUCCAAUUUCUCUUUCUCAAACAGCAAAUAGUAUUCGAACAGUUCUUUUACCUAGCCAAAAAUGGGAAGGAAAUGUAUUGAGAGAAGGUUUGCAGAUAUGUGAUGUAAUUUUUUCAAAUUUCAAGUUCUUACGUGCUUUGGAUCUGCAUGACUUUGGAAUAACGACAUUGUCAAAUUCCAUUGGAAAAUUGAGGCAUCUGAGAUAUCUCGAUCUUUCUCAUACAAAAAUCAAGGCAUUACCUAAUUCCAUUAUGAAGUUACAGAACUUGCAGACUCUGAAGCUGUCCUGGUUGCGUGACUUCAAAGAACUUCCAAGAGAUACGAAAAAAUUAAUAAACCUCAGGCACCUUGAGUUUCGUGGGUUGAGGGAUUUGAAUCAUAUGCCAAGCGGACUGAGACAGUUGACUAAUCUUCAAACAUUAUCAUAUUUUGUAUUGAGUAAAGGGACAAAGUUGAGGCAUGGUUGUGGUGAUCAUGUUGCUGAGCUAAAGGAACUAAUGCCUUUAAAUAGCUUGAGAAAUCUCUGCAUUUUAAAUUUGAGACAUGCAAUAACAGAUGGUACGGCAGGAAAUUUGAAGGAUAAACAGUAUCUUCAAUCCUUAACGUUAUCUUGGUUUUCUUCAGAUGCUAGAAAAGAUCUUGAAACUGCCAUGGAAAGUACUAGCAGUGACGCAUAUGGAAUGACAUUGGAGAGCUUCCAGCCACUCCCAAAUCUAAAAAGCUUGAGUUUAGAAGGUUAUGGGGAUGACUCCUUCUCUCCAUCAAAUGCGGCAUCAUUGAUGCCAUCCUUGGAAACUCUCCAUCUUUUAGAUCUGUCUAAUCUUAAAGGAUGGUGGAGGGAUACUGUUCUGAGGCUUCGUAAUAUCGAAGAUGAUCUACAUUAUCUGCCCAACUGGUUUAAAAGCCUUACAUCUCUAAGGAGCCUGAUCUUUGAUGGGUGCUCAAAGUUAAAGCAUCUGUCCCCCAUCAUUCAACAUCUAAUCUCACUUCGAGAUUUGUAUAUUGCUGGAUGCAACGAGCUUGACAUGUCCAAUGCUGAAGUGAUUUCAUGGAAAGCCUGUAAAAGCCUUGUGUCUCUCUCAUUCAACGAUCUUCCACGACUGGAGACUCCUCCUGAAGGGCUUCAAUACUUUACCACCUUACGGGAUCUUGGAUUUUUGGAGUGUAAGAAUUUGAAGGCCAUACCAGAGUGGUUUAGCAACUUCACAUCACUUACAGAGUUUAGAUUAUACGUUUGCCCCAACUUGACAUCAUUGCCUGAAGGAAUAUGCAGCAUCACCUCUUUACAAAAAUUGAGGAUUAGUGGAUGUCCCAUCUUAUUGCAGAGAUGUGAGAGGGAAAAAGGAGAGGAUUGGCCUAAAAUUGCUCACAUCCCUCAUUUGUAUUUGGAGCCCCUUGAUAACUCGGAAUCCUCUUCUGUCUCGGGGUCGUCCAAGUGGAAAAUCUCUGAGAACUUUCGAGUACCCCAACUGUGCAACAAAUAA